CCUAGUCGCGCCAAAUCGCCAGCUCCUCACUUCCCGUUUCUCGACGCCAUUUGCCGCCUCAACUGUACCUCCUCCUCCGCAUCGACAACAGCCCAUCACGCCUGCCCAUCUUGUUAUGCCCAUCUUCUGUCCGAGUGGUUCGAGUAUGAAUCUCGCUCUACACCCACUCUCUUGCGUCGGUUCACCUGUCGAGUUGCGGCUAUCUCUCCCGACUUGUCAGCUCCUCUGCUCUGCAUCAUCUGCCAGCGGACUCGGCUGGCUUGGCCGUUUCAGUCGGACUCAUGCUUCAACCAGACGGACCGAGGCGUUCUGGUCUCUUGGGCUGAGCCGGAGUCGCUUUCCAGACCGUCCGGAGGGGAGAGUCCCUACAGCAUCGCCGCCAAGUCGUUGACCUGGUUGGCGUGUCUUUUGCCUCUGCGAAUGGAGAUCCCCGCAGGAUCGCCGAUUGGCAAAGACUGUCUCGGACCUGUAUCGCCCAUCAUCUAUCCCUGGUUCGUGGACAUACAGCGACGCAUGUUGCGGAUAUGCUGUGCCUGUGCCAGCAUCCACCUACCAUUCCACUUAUCCGACCAAGAAGUCUCUCAUCACCAAAUCAACAUACAGACAAAGUCCAUCCGAUUGACUGCGGUACAGUUGGCGCUGUUGCUGUACCUCUUCCCGUUGUCUAACGCCUUCUCUAAGCCUCAUUUAGUUGAUUUUGUCUCUUUGUGCAAUGGCUGUUGUCCUGUACAUUUACUUGCGUCUGUUGACUUUUGA